AUUCCUUGCCAUUUCUCGAAUUCAUGCUUUGAAGAAAAUGUUCGUCACUCGUCAUCUGCUCACCAACAUUUGCGCACUAAUUUUCGCACUUUAUAUAAUUAUUUGUGAGUGUGGACAAGAGGAGGCUUGGAAUUGUUUAGAGGAGCGAUGUUGUUCCAUUGACUUUAGCAAAAUGGUGGUAACGGUUGAUUUCUUAUUGUAUGCGUGUGGUGAAAAGGUGGAUAAUGAGUGGACGUAUAGUUUAUUUUUGGACACCGGCGAAGAGAUGGACUACAUUGCCUAUCAUCCAUAUCAGCAGUUGGACGAGACACAAUACUGUGGUGAAAUUUGUGAGAAAAUCUUGGUUUGCAUAAAAUCGAAUACUUUCAAAGUAUCCGAGGCUCUAGGCGGCUCCGCUGAGUGGUGUUUCCAAGGAAAUGUUGAUGUGCAUAAUGACACUAUAUAUAAUGAUGAAAAUAUUUGUUUGACUUUCCACGAAGAUGUGGUUGAUAUACCAAGUAACGUAGUUACUUUUCUUUCAAGCUCAAAUAUUUGGUAAAAUGUGGCAUAUUUUAAACGUUGCAUAGAGUAUAUGAUUUGUAAAAGUCUUUGUAUAAGAAAUUUUUUUCGUAAUAAGGAUAUAAUUUUAGAAAAGAAAAUUUUAAAAUUAAACGAAACAGUACUACUCCUAUACAU